AGCCAUCUAUAACAUUCGAUGUAACUCGUUUGAUUUCUUACUUGCAUCACUGUUAGGAAAGGUGCUCUGCAGCUAGGUAUCGUAGCAACGGCGAAAGUAGUCAGUUUAACCAAUAGCAUUGCGAGAAGAAUAAUUGAGUAAACAUUAGACCAACCACAAAGUUGGAGUAAAUACACCCGCCCAUUCAAUGUUGCGUCUUGUUUGGUGUCUAGUAGUCCCGACAGGAUUUAGCGAACUAGCCAAGGGUCUAGGGACACAGUUGUUUCCCAGGUGCAUGGUACAGAAUAUUUAUCGGUGAGAGUGCAUAGAAAACCAUGGAGAACGUUCAUCUCGCUGCAGAAAAUGAAGAUGACCUGUACUCGGGCUAUAAUGAUUACAACCCAACAUUUGAUAACGAGGAGCUUGAUAAUGACAUUGGGUUCCAGCAAGCUGUCAGAACUAGCCAUGGGCGAAGACCACCAAUGACUGCCAAGUUCCCUGGCACAGCUAUUGGAGCCCGGCCUGUGGGGACCUCUUACGGGCAGGCCAGGACUCAGAUGAGCUCGUCCAUGGGUCGGCCGAUGACUGGUGCUGUGCAGGAUGGGGCAGCUCGACCUAUGACUGCAGUAAGGGCAGCGGGAUACUCCUCUGCUUUGACCAGAGGUUCAACCUUUGAUCCACUGGGCCAGUCAAAGGGCCCUGCCCCUGCGCUAGAGGCAAAAAUGGAAGACUCCCCAGAGGAGAAGAUCAAGAUCCUUGAGAAGAAGGUGAAUGAUCUGAUUGAGGAGAGCUGCAUGGCUUACAGUCGGGGGGACCUACAGCUGUCUCUGGAGAAAGCCAAGGAAGCUGGAAGAAAGGAGAGAGUUCUGGUGAGACAGCGAGAGCAGACCGGAACCGCUGACCAUAUCAAUCUGGACCUCACCUACUCUGUGCUGUUUAAUUUAGCCAACCAGUACGCCAACAAUGACAUGUUUCAAGAGGCUUUGAACACUUACUCUGUCAUUGUGAAGAAUAAGAUGUUUAGUAAUGCAGGACGUUUGAAAGUAAACAUGGCGAACAUUUACUUCAAGCAGAAGAACUACCCAAAAGCCAUCAAAUUCUACCGUAUGGCUUUGGAUCAGAUAUCCAACGCCCACAAGGAGAUGAGGAUAAAGAUCAUGCAGAACAUCGGCGUCGUGUUCGUAAAGAUGGGCCAGUACUCGGACGCCAUCACCUCCUUUGAGCACAUCAUGAGCGAGUGCCCCAACAUCAAGUCCGGCUUCAACCUCAUCCUCUGCUACUACGCCAUCGGGGACCGCGACCGCAUGAAGAAGUCCUUCCAGAAGCUCAUCAGCGCCCCCCUCGGCAUCGACGACGAAGACAAAUACAUCCCAGCCAGUGAGGACCCUCACACCAACAUGGUGAUUGAGGCCAUAAAAAACGACCCGCUUCAUCAAAUGGAGAGAGAUAGAAAAUCACUGGCGGAGAAGUACAUCAUGACAUCAGCGAAGCUCAUUGCCCCUGCCAUUGAGAACAGCUUUGCUGCUGGGUUUGACUGGUGUGUGGACAUGGUGAAGAGCUCUCAGUAUGUGGAGCUGGCCAACGACCUGGAGAUCAACAAAGCCAUCACCUACCUGAGGCAGAGGGACUUCAACCAGGAGGAGGCUGUGGAGACUCUGAAGACCUUUGAGAAGAAGGACAGCCGGGUCAAGAGUGCCGCCGCCACCAACCUCUCCUUCCUCUACUUCCUGGAGAAGGACUUUGACCUGGCUGACCGCUACGCCGACAUGGCCAUGAGUGCUGACCGCUACAACCCGGCCGCGCUCAUCAACAAGGGCAACACCGUGUUCGUGAGGCAAGACUACGAGAAGGCUGGAGAGUUCUUCAAAGAGGCUCUGCGCAACGACUCGUCCUGCACCGAGGGGCUCUACAACUUGGGUCUGACCUAUAAGAAGCUGGGGCGGCUGGACGAAGCCCUGGACUGCUUCCUGAAGCUCCACGCCAUCCUGAGGAACUGCGCCCAGGUCAUGUUCCAGCUGGCCUGUCUCUAUGAGAUGCUGGAGGACCCCCACCAGGCCAUUGAUUGGCUGAUGCAGCUGAUCAGCGUCACGCCCACUGACCCCCAGGUGCUGGCAAAGCUGGGGGAGCUCUACGACACUGAGGGGGACAAGUCCCAGGCCUUCCAGUACUACUAUGAGUCCUUCAGAUAUUUCCCCUCCAAUAUUGACGUCAUUGAAUGGCUGGGAGCAUACUACAUUGACACCCAGUUUUGUGAGAAGGCCAUUCAGUACUUUGAGCGAGCCACUCUCAUUCAGCCCACACAGGUGAAGUGGCAGCUCAUGGUAGCCAGCUGCUACAGGAGAAGCGGGAAUUACCAGAAGGCGCUGGACACCUACAAAGACAUCCAUCGGAACUUUCCAGAGAAUGUUGAAUGCCUGCGUUUCCUGGUGAGGCUGUGCACUGACAUGGGGCUCAAGGAGGUGCAGGAGUACGCCACCAAGCUCAAGAAGGUGGAGAAGAUGAAGGAGAUCAGAGAACAGAGGGUGAAGUCGGGGCGAGAGAGCAGCGCUCGUGGCCGUAGAGAGGGCAGUGCUGGCAGUGUCAACACACAACCCCUUCGCACUCCACCUAAGAGCUCCAGUGAUUUCGAGGUUAGACCAGCCUCUUCCAGUCUGGUCCACACUCCCCCUAAGAGAGUGCCUGACAUGGACAUGAGAACAGCCCCUCACUCUGAGGCUAAGCACAGCCCCGUGCUGGAGCAGGCCAGAGACAGCAGCCACAGUGGCCAGGGCACCAGCACCCGCAGCGAGAGGCUGAGUGCCAAGCUGAGGGCACUGCCAGGCUCCAACGAACCGUACGAGGCCAGCGCCCAGCGAGACAUAGAUGCAUCCUACGUUGACACACUGGGACCUCAGAUGGAGAGACCAAAGACAGCAGCAAAGAAAUGCAUCGAGGAAGACGAGUUUGCUGAUGAAGAACUAGGAGAUGACCUUUUACCAGAAUAGCCUUACAUUCUACAACUUGACUUUCAUUUUAAUUCAGUCCUCAGUUCACUAUGAAAUAUUUGACCAAGAAUCUCCCCCCCCCUCCCCCAAACAUCAGAACUGUCCCAUUGCUGCUCAGCAUUCCACAGCAGCAACUGCGUGUGAGUGGAAAGCGGAGGAAGAGUGUGUUGGCCUGCCAACUCUGGCAUUCCGCAGUGAGCCCGGAUAAAAGCUAUUCCAUGUGCGACCCACAGGCACGGUUAUCACUUUUCCUUCAGUUUUCCAUGUCUCUUUUUUUGUGAAACACUGACACCAGACCAUUGGCACUUCACUACAUGUCCUUUCCAAUUCGCCUGGACUGAUCAUUUCACUCAAGGAAGAAAAAGAAAAAAGUGAAUGUAUUGCGGUACUAUUCCAUUCCUUACUUUUGAAUAUUUAUAUUUUGAUAGUCUUGAAGAGUGUACUUAAUGAGAAUGUAAAUGCUUAUAUAUAUAUCAAAUGGAAAUAAAUAUUUAACUCAGUUUUA